CCUGGGCCCAUCCCUCCCUGCUCCAGGCUGAGCCGAAGCUACGGGGGCAGGCCGGGCCUGCUGUCACCUCACUGGGCUCUAAGAUCCGCCUGCACAGAGUAUCAAAAGAAACCUGAAGAGCCUACAAAAGUUAGAGUCAAAAUUCAAGAAAACACACACAUUCAUAAUUGUGUUUUCAACAUCAUAGAUUUAACAACAGUGACCCUCAGAGCUAACUGGGCCAAUUCUUACCCUGUCGUCGAAAAAUGGACUAACUGGGUCUUCGUGAAAGAUGCUCUGAUUGCUCAGGUCACCUGGAGCCUGGGGGCUGCCCCAGUUCUCUCAGGAUUCAGCAGACUUUGGAGGUGGUGGUGAAGGAGACAGUGGUAGUCAAUGUUAUUUGAACAGGGUCAACAGGCCCUGGAGCUUCCUGAGUGCACGAUGCAGAAGGCUGCUUACUAUGAAAACCCAGGACUGUUUGGAGGCUACGGCUACAGUAAAGCCACUGAAGCAUAUGGCUACAGCACCCCUCAUCAGCCCUACCCACCCCCUGCUGCUGCCAAUUCCCUGGACACUGACUACCCAGGUUCUGCCUGCUCCAUCCAGAGCUCUGCACCUCUUCGAGCCCCAGCCCACAAGGGGGCUGAGCUCAAUGGCAGUUGCAUGAGGCCUGGUACUGGGAACAGCCAGAGUGGGGGUGGUGGCAGCCAACCUCCUGGUCUGAACUCAGAGCAGCAGCCACCACAACCCCCUCCUCCACCACCGACCCUGCCCCCAUCCUCACCUACCAAUCCUGGAGGUGGAGUGCCUGCUAAGAAGGCCAAGGGUGGACCCAAUGCUUCUAGCUCUUCAGCCACCAUCAGCAAGCAGAUCUUCCCUUGGAUGAAAGAGUCUCGACAGAACUCCAAACAGAAGAACAGCUGUGCCACUGCAGGAGAGAGCUGCGAGGACAAGAGCCCGCCAGGCCCAGCGUCUAAGCGGGUACGCACGGCGUACACGAGUGCGCAGCUAGUGGAGUUGGAAAAGGAAUUCCACUUCAACCGCUACUUGUGCCGGCCGCGCCGCGUGGAGAUGGCCAACCUGCUGAAUCUUACCGAACGCCAGAUCAAGAUCUGGUUCCAAAACCGGCGCAUGAAGUACAAGAAGGACCAGAAGGCCAAGGGCAUCCUGCACUCGCCGGCUGGCCAGUCCCCUGAGCGCAGCCCACCGCUCGGCGGCGCCGCCGGCCACGUGGCCUACUCCGGCCAGCUGCCACCGGUGCCGGGCCUGGCUUACGACGCGCCCUCGCCGCCCGCUUUCGCCAAAUCGCAGCCCAAUAUGUACGGCCUUGCCGCCUACACGGCGCCGCUCAGCAGCUGCCUGCCACAGCAGAAGCGCUAUGCGGCGCCGGAGUUCGAGCCCCACCCUAUGGCGAGCAACGGCGGCGGCUUUGCCAGCGCCAACCUUCAGGGCAGCCCGGUGUACGUGGGCGGCAACUUCGUCGACUCCAUGGCACCUGCAUCCGGGCCAGUCUUCAACCUGGGCCACCUCUCGCACCCAUCGUCGGCCAGCGUGGACUACAGUUGCGCUGCUUGCGCUGCGCAGAUUCCUGGCAACCACCACCACGGACCAUGCGACCCUCAUCCCACCUACACAGAUCUCUCGGCCCACCACUCGUCUCAGGGACGCCUGCCCGAGGCACCCAAACUGACGCAUCUGUAGCGGCCGCCGC